GCCAGCCACCCCUGGUGCUGCCAGCAGCUGGACAUGGGAACGGGACCGCGCUCUGCCGGGAGGAUGCGGGCUCCGGGCUCCCGCCGCAUCUGCUGCCUGAGCAUCGCUGCCAUCGCAUGGGGCGCCGUGAUGCAAGUGGAGGUGGAUGCCUGGACCUACCACUACAGUGACCAAGGGGACUACACGUGGGAGCAGGCCAGGAACUACUGCAGGACCUUCUUCACGGACCUGGUAGCCAUACAGAACCAGGAGGAGAUCCAGCACCUCAACCAGAGCCUGCCCUUCCACGGGCGCUACUACUGGAUCGGCAUCCGCAAGCUGGGUGGCACCUGGACCUGGGUGGGCACCAAGAAGGUGCUGACCAAGGAGGCAGAGAACUGGGCAGCUGGGGAGCCCAACAACCGCCGAUCGAACCAGGAUUGUGUGGAGAUCUACAUCAAGAGGCAGCAGGAAUCAGGGAAGUGGAAUGAUGAGCCCUGCAGCCGGAGGAAAAAGGCGCUGUGCUACCGGGCCUCCUGCCAGCCCUUCUCCUGCAGCCAGCAGGGAGAGUGCGUGGAGACCAUCGGGAGCUACCGCUGCGAGUGCUACCCUGGCUUCCACGGCCCUGAGUGUGAGGAUGUUGUGCAGUGUGCCAAGCUCCAGCCUGAGGGAGUGCACAUGAACUGCAGCCAUCCCUUUGGGGACUUCAGCUACAACUCCACCUGCGUGUUCCAGUGCCAGGAGGGCUUCCAGCAGGAAGGUGUAAGCAGGCUCCAGUGCCUGGCAUCCCAGCAGUGGUCAGCAGAGACCCCCAUCUGCACAGCCAUCACCUGCCCAGUGCUCAGUGCUCCAGACCAAGGAAAGCUGAACUGCUCCCAUCUCCAUGGGGACUUUGCCUUUGGCUCCACGUGUGACUUCUCCUGCCAGGUGGGGUUUGAGCUGAAGGGGACAGAGAGCCUGGAGUGCAUGGCUACAGGGACCUGGACUGGGAAUCCCCCACAGUGUGAAGCCAUCACCUGCCCUGUGCUCAGUGCUCCAGACCAGGGAGACCUGAACUGCUCCCAUCUCCAUGGGGACUUUGCCUUUGGCUCCACGUGUGACUUCUCCUGCCAGGUGGGGUUUGAGCUGAAGGGGACAGAGAGCCUGGAGUGCAUGGCUACAGGGACCUGGACUGGGAAUCCCCCACACUGUGAAGCUGUUGCCUGCCCUGUGCUCAGUGCUCCAGACCAAGGAAAGCUGAACUGCUCCCAUUUCCAUGGGGACUUUGCCUUUGGCUCCAUGUGUGACUUCUCCUGCCAGGUGGGGUUUGAGCUGAAGGGGACAGAGAGCCUGGAGUGCAUGGCUACGGGGACCUGGUCUGGAGAUGCCCCACACUGUGAAGCCAUCACCUGCCCUGUGCUCAGUGCUCCAGACCAAGGAGAGCUGAACUGCUCCCAUCUCCAUGGGGACUUUGCCUUUGGCUCCACGUGUGACUUCUCCUGCCAGGUGGGGUUUGAGCUGAAGGGGACAGAGAGCCUGGAGUGCAUGGCUACGGGGACCUGGACUGGGGAUGCCCCACAUUGUGAAGCCAUCACCUGCCCUCUGCUCAGUGCUCCGGACCAGGGAGACCUGAACUGCUCCCAUCUCCAUGGGGACUUUGCCUUUGGCUCCACGUGUGACUUCUCCUGCCAGGUGGGGUUUUUGCUGGUGGGCUCAGAGACCCGUGAGUGCACAGCCACAGGGACUUGGACUGGGGAUGCCCCACACUGUGAAGCUGUUGCCUGCCCUGUGCUCAGUGCUCCAGACCAGGCAGAGAUGAACUGCUCCCACCUCCAUGGGGACUUUGCCUUUGGCUCGAUGUGUGACUUCUCCUGCCAGGUGGGGUUUGAGCUGGUGGGCUCAGAGACCCGUGAGUGCACAGCCCCAGGGACCUGGAGUGGGGAUGCCCCACAUUGCAGAGCCAUCAGCUGCCCAGAGCUGGAUGCCCCCAGCAGAGGAGAGCUCAACUGCUCCCACCAGCAUGGGAACUUCACCUACAACUCCCUGUGCACUUUCUCCUGUCAGGAAGGGUCUGUCAGGAUGGGAGCAGAGGUGCUGCAGUGUGCAGCCACGGGGAACUGGACCAGGCAACCCCCAGUUUGUGCAGAGGACCAUGCUCCUUUCUUAAAGCAAGUCCUGGCUUACAGCAGUGGCACAGCUCUGGCAGUGGCUGGCAUUGUGCUCUCAGGGACACUCAUUGCCCUCCUGGCCAAGAGGCUCAGCACCAGAGAGGAGAAGAAGCAGCUCCUGAACUCCACCAGUGACCUGGGAUCUCCAGGAAUCUUCACCAACGCAGCAUACGAUGCCAACUUCUCAGCCUGGUCGUGAGCAGACCCCACCGUGUGGCCCAGCAGUCGGUCCCGAGGGGUGGACACAAAGGGACAGCUCGGCCCGGUGCUGCCCACGGUACCGAGUGGGGCGCGGAGCCUGCCGGGCACUGAGGAUGCUGAAGAGCGGCGUGGCCGAGCGCCAGCCUCCCUCGGGACCAUCUCCCGCGGGUUUUGUGUCUCAAUAAACUCCUGUCC